GGUCAUUUCACCGGGACCCCUCCUACGUACGGUUACGAUGCAGACCGAGCAGAGGAGCAGCGGCGGCACCACGACAUCCUGCCGUACAUCGAUGACUCACCGUCGUCCUCGCCUCACCUCAGCUCCAAGAGCCGGAGCAGCAGGGACACGCUCUCCUCCGGCUCGCUGGAGUCCUCUAAGUCGACUGAAUGUGACCUGGAAAAGGGUUUGGAGAUGAGGAAAUGGGUCCUGUCUGGGAUCUUGGCCACAGAAGAAACAUACCUCAGUCACCUGGAGGCUCUGCUACUGCCUAUGAAGCCUCUGAAGGCUGCCGCCACAACUUCCCAGCCUGUGCUCACCGUGGCCCAGAUAGAAACCAUCUUUUUCAAAGUGCCUGAGCUCUAUGAGAUCCACAAGGAUUUCUACGAUGGACUUUUGCCCCGUGUCCAGCAGUGGAGCCACCACCAGAGAGUCGGGGACCUCUUCCAGAAACUCGCCAGCCAGCUAGGAGUUUACCGAGCAUUCCUGGACAACUACGAGCAGGCCGUAGAGACUGCAGAGAAGUGCUGCCAGGCCAACACACAGUUUGCUGAAAUCUCUGAGAACUUGAAGGUGAGAAGUCCAAAGGAUUGUAAAGACAUGGCCAAGAACUCUCUUGAAGCUUUGCUGUAUAAACCUGUGGACAGAGUGACUCGCAGCACGCUGGUGUUACAUGAUUUGCUCAAACACACCCCCACCAGCCACCCAGACCACCCGCUCCUGCAGGAUGCCUUGCGAAUCUCGCAGAACUUCCUGUCCAGCAUCAAUGAGGAGACCACGUCCAGGCGCCAGUCUACAACUGUCAAGAAGGGAGAGAACCGGCAGCUACUGAGGGACAGUUUCAUGGUGGAGCUGGUUGAGGGAGCUAGGAAGCUGCGGCACGUCUUCCUCUUCACAGACCUGCUGCUCUGCGCCAAGCUGAAGAAGCAGAUUGGAGGCAAGUGGUACAUCCCCCUUUCAGAGCUGACAUUCCAGGGCCCUGAGGAGGCAGAGCCUCUAACCAUCCCCCAAGUUCCAGACGAGGAGCUUGAUGCCAUUAAGGUCAAGAUCUCCCAUCUCCGCAGUGAGAUUCAGAGAGAGAAGAGGGCCAAUAAGGGUUCAAAAGUCAUUGACCGUCUCCGCAAGAAACUGUGUGAACAGGAGUCUCUGCUCCUUCUAACGUCUCCGAGCAUGCCCCUCAGAGUCUACAACAAGAAUGGCAAGGGUUACGGUUUCCUGAUUUCAUCUGACUAUGAACGUGCAGAGUGGAAAGAGAUCAUCAAGGAGCAACAGAAAAAAUGUUUUAAAACGUCCUCCUUGACUUCUAUGGAGCUACAGAUGCUAACCAGCUCUUGCCUCAAACUGCAAACGGUCCAUCACAUUCCUCUCAGUAUUGGUAAAGAAGAGGACGAAUCCUCCGGUCUCUGUGGGUUCCUGAAUGUAAUCGUUCACUCUGCCUCCGGCCUCAAACAGAGCUUGAAUCUCUACUGCACAUUGGAGGUGGACUCAUUUGGCUUCUUUUCCAAUAAAGCCAAGACGAGAGUGUAUCGAUACACCACUGAGCCCAAAUGGAAUGAGGAGUUUGAGAUUGAGCUGGAGGGCUCUCAGACCCUGAGGCUGCUCUGCUACGAGAAGUGUUACAACAAGACCAAGCAGAACAAAGAGGAUGGAGAGAGCACAGACCGUAUCAUGGGAAAAGGACAGAUACCGCUUGACCCUCAGACUCUUCAAGGAAAAGACUGGCAAAGAACGGUGAUUCCAAUGAAUGGGAUUGAGGUGAAACUGUCCAUGAAGUUCACCAGCAGAGAAUUCAGCCUGAAAAGAAUGCCGUCACGGAAACCGAUUGGUGUGUUUGGCAUAAAGAUCUCCACGGUGACCAAACGUGAGCGAUCAAAGGUGCCCUACAUCGUUCGGCAGUGCCUGGAGGAGAUAGAGAGGAGGGGCAUGGAGGAAGUGGGGAUAUACAGAGUAUCGGGUGUGGCAACUGAUAUUCAGGCACUGAAGACCGCCUUUGACACCAACAACAGAGAUGUGUCAGUGAUGAUGAGCGAGAUGGACGUCAAUGCCAUUGCCGGGACCCUGAAGCUGUAUUUCAGAGAGCUGCCGGAGCCCCUCUUCACUGAUGAGCUCUAUCCUAAUUUUGCAGGCGGAAUAACCCUGUCUGAUAGUGUGGCCAAAGAGAGCUGUAUGUUGAAUUUGCUCCUAUCGCUGCCGGAACCCAACCUGGUCACAUUCCUUUUCCUUUUGGACCACUUGAAGAGGGUGGCCGAAAAGGAAAGUAUCAACAAAAUGUCUCUCCACAAUCUGGCAACAGUGUUUGGGCCGACUUUGCUGCGGCCGGCAGAGAAAGACAGCAAGAUCCCCACGAACCCCACACAGCCCAUCAGCAUGGGGGACAGCUGGUCCCAGGAAGUCAUGUCACAGGUCCAAGUGUUGCUGUAUUUCCUCCAGCUGGAGACGAUCCCGACCCCAGACAGUAAACGACAGAGCAUUCUCUUCUCCACUGAAGUA